CUUCCAAUGCCUCCUUCUAGAUAGCGAUGUCAGUCCGUUCAAAGACUUGCGACAACGAGGCUAUUCGUCGUUCUGCAGCAUUUGACAGCGCGUCGCUCGGUCCCCAGAGUGACAGUAAAUCAUCUCUUGCUGGUCGGCAGGACAACGCCGCCAACCUCGAGUCUCGCGACUCUGCGUCUGUAUUCUCUCAGACCGACCUAAGCUGCGCAUUCUGCACUUCCAUUGGCUGCCUACUCAGUUGUUGCCAAGCUCGCAUGAGCCCACAUCAUGUCCUCACUGCGCGGAACUCGGUCAGCAUUUUACCCGCAAAAUGAGAAGCACACCGCAGAUCUAGCUAGUUUGCGCGACAAAGUGCGGCAGCUGGAAGAAGAGAUACCAGAGCAGAGGUUCAACAGGCUUUGCGUCGAGAAAAACAAGAGGGUCGAUGGACUGAAAGCCGAGGUCGAGAAGAUCAGCAAGGAAGACGAGUCACUGAAGGCGGAGAAUAAGGAGUUAGAGAAGAAGCUAAAGAUGCUUGAGGCGGAGAUCAAGAAGUUACAGCCACCUGCGGAGUUCACGGUCAAGCAGAAAAGGACGAAAGGGAAGAAGAAAUAAAGUUUUGGUGUUUUCAAGGGCGUCAUGUUGCUGGGACUGGAUAUGAGAAGCGCUCUUUGUCAAUUACAUGGUAAUUUGGCACUUAUUCUACCCCUUCGGCGCGGCUUAU